UUGCGACAGGCGGAGCAGCGGCUGGCGGCUCGGCGAGCGGCGCGGGCCGAGGCGCGCGAGAUCCGCAUGCGAGAGCUGGAGCGGCAGCAGCGCGAGCAGGAGGACCAUGCCGACAAGGCGUACGACAUGUACGCCAACUCGGGCAGUCUGCGCGCCACCGUCGCUGACUUCAAAGAUUCAGUGGGAAGGCGCGGUGCCACCCGGCUCUCUAGUUUAGGUUCGGGAUCGCUGCACUCGCCCCGACGCAGCUCUGAAGAUUCCGCAGAUGACACCUUUAGCAUCAAGGACCUUAGGCAUGAACUGAAAGAAGUUGAGGAGAAGUUCCGAAAGGCGAUGAUAUUGAACGCGCAGCUUGACAACGACAAGGCCGCGCUCGGGUACCAGCUCGAACUGCUCAAGGACCGGAUAGAGGAGUUGCACGAAGAGUACGCGCAGCUGCAGCGCGAGCACAGGGAGAAGUGUUCCGCGCACGAGCGUCUGAAGCGCGAGCACGCAUCGCUGGAGCGGGAGGUGAUGGCCGCGCGGGACGCGGUGCGGGCCCGGGACGCGGCCGCCGCGCAUGCGGGAUACGCUUUCGUGGACGCGGCCUGCGCACCGCAAGCCAACGGGGUCAACGGCCUCGCCGACGGGGAGGACAGCGCGCCCGGGUUCGGGUCAGUGCCGCCACUGGCGCUGGUGUCGCACCAGUCCGAGCAGAUGUUGAACGAAGCUGGUGAAGGAACGUUAGACGUCCGGUUGCAGAAGCUCUUAUCAUCGAAGCUGGCGCUAGAGUCGGAGGUCCGCAAACUGAAGCUGCAACUGAACGAGGAACGAGCUGCGACCCACAACGGAGUGCACUCGCUGCACGACCAGGAAUACGAGAACGAGCUUGAAACGUUACGACGUUGCGUGUCGGAAGCGAAAGCGCGCGCGGCGCGAGCGGAAGCCGAGGCGGCGCUCCAGGGGGCCGCCGUCGCCAGGCUCGAGGCGCAAGUGGCCAGGCUGCGGGCCCGCCAGGACCAUCAGGACGAGCACGAGGAGCAGCUCAAGCUCGAGCGGCGCAGGCUGCAGCGCGAGGCUCGGGAAGCCCUGAAUCGCGUCGAAGAGUUGGAGACAGAGAACAGUCACCUCACCAAACGGCUCGACAAAUUGAAGAACGCCAAGUCUGCGCUACUCAAGGAGCUGUGA